AUGUACACGGAGUUGAAAGAAGCUAUGAAUUUCUUGUCCAGAUUCGUUCGUCAUACAGUUCCAAAGCGUCGCUUAUCGAUAUUUUUCGAACAACUCGCCAAUGGUCUACUGGUUAAAUACAAGGCUACCUGGAAUAUCGAAAAUCCAGCUGAAGGCGCAGAUGAGCGUGCAAUCCGUAUCAAUACAUCAACUGGUACAACUGAGUUGGUGAUGUUGAUUGGUUCAACGAUAUGCUUGGAUAUGCACCGUCUUCUUGCAGCAUUCCCGGCAGAGCUGAUAGUGUUUUGGAAUGCGGGUGAAGUGUUCUGUCGUGUUGGUGGUGCUACACCGACAAAAUUACCGGUGUGGUCAGGUGACGUGAAUGCCGAUAAAAAUUAUUCACCACUGCCAUCCGCAUUGUCAAGGGUUGAUGCCAUGAAAUCAAUAUCAAAUAGCACUUUGUACUCAAAUCAUUUGCAAGUGGUGAAUGCGAAUCAUGAAAUUGAUUAUGUGAGACUUGAGCUAGUUCCAUGGAAUCAACAUUCCGAUUUCUUUUGGAGUCCGGCUGUGUUCUCACCUGAGAGCGUACCAAAAAUAGUGUUCCGUUUCACUCAAAUACCUGAGCAGGUAUUCUCAUGCGGCACAUUUGCUGUCACACGUUUCGGUUCACGUAAACCACAGCCCGAUCAUGAGGCACUAAAGCGUAUACAAUGCGCCGUUACGAAAACACCGCCAACAGUGAACGGUUGUAAUAAUCAAACGAAUUCAUCAUCAGCAAAUGUCACAGACUUGACAGCAUUGAAUCAACAAUCGAGUUGGUUUUGUUUGAUGUUGCUCGAAUGCGAUUUAUCUCAAAACAUUUAA